AUGCCUGAGCUAAGAACAAACACUGAAACCAAGAUUAAGGCCCAUCCGAAUUACAAAGCAAGAACCCCACACCCGUUGUCCAAGGCUUCGUUUUUAUCUAGCGCCUAUUUUAGAAUAAAACAUGAUAUAAGUGCUGUUAAGGGGAAACCU